AUGGUUUCUGCGUCAGGAGUGGAUGCUGAUGUAGUCUCUGAGAUGAUUUUUGGUCCACUUGAACCUCCAGUAAUUAGAGAUGAAAGCGGCAACAUCGUCAGCGAAACUGCUGGCCCCUACAUGGAAGGUGACGUGGCUACACUUGUGUGCCAAGUAAAAGCAGCAGGCAGGCCGGCUCCCCAAGUGCGCUGGCUUCGUCGGCCACGGCGGCCGUUGAGCGACGAUGACGAAGAGCCGGUGCCUGGAAGCGCUGUCACUACGGUGUCGUCAGCGCUGGAUGACGCAUCAGUGCAGGUGCUAAGCAAGUUGCGCCAGGGCCCACUCUCUCGCGCAGAUCUGCUCAUCCAGCUUGUCUGCGAGGUGGACAAUGGUCUUGCAGCACCGGUGCGCACCACAGUGCGACUCGAUAUGCUCCUGGCACCCCUGACAGUACGAAUAUUGCGUGCGUCGGGCGGCGCGCUCACUGCCGGCCUGCCUGUCGAGCUGGUCUGCGAGGCGCGAGGCUCCCGGCCCCCGGCGCAGCUUACCUGGUGGAAACGUGGCGUGCAGCUCUCUCAGAGCUUCGGCCACGCGUCGGCCGACGGCAACGUCUCAACUUCGGUGGUGAGCUUCACGCCUUCGGCGGACGACCAUGGUCAGGAACUGCGGUGCGUGGCCCGGAACCCCGUACUCCCCCCAUCGGCGCCAGCGCCUUUCGACAAAUGGGCCAUGAACGUCUUUUACAAACCGAACGUGACGCUGCGACUCGGCCAACCAUUUCGUGACCUGGAGAUUAUGGAAGGCGGUGACGUGUACCUAGAGUGUCACGUGAACGCAAAUCCACCGUCGUCUGAGGUGCACUGGUCGAAGGACGGCGUCGAAGACUUCGCGACCAAGACGCUCAAUGGCUCGACCCUUCCCGACGUUAUCAUCUCUGGCCGCUUCCUGGCGCUCCAGAAAGCCCGGCGUAAUUUCUCUGGCCGCUACGCUUGCAGUGCUACAAACAGUGAAGGCUCGGCUCUAAGCAACUCGCUUCGCCUGAAAGUACUACACUCUCCGACAUGCGUGGAAGGAGUGCCCAUCGUGUAUUCGGCAUCCCGUCACGAGGCCGUGCGAGUCACGUGCCGAGUGGCCGCAUCGCCAAAAUCGGUGCGCUUCCGCUGGAGCUUCAGCAGCAGCACGCGGCGCACCGAACUCACAGACUUCGUGGUUCUGGGGCCCGAGAUGGAGCCGGACGGCACCCCCGUGCUCGAUGGGGACUCGCCCACCGUGGUCUCCGUGCUUGAGUACACUCCGCAGUUCCAGAGUGACUUUGGCACGUUACACUGCUCGGCCAGCAACUCUAUGGGCGACCAACGAGAGCCCUGCACCUUCCACGUCGUGCAGGCUGGGCCUCCCGAACCCCUGCAGAACUGCAGCAUUACCAACUUGACUGAGCGCAGUUUUUCGGUUGAGUGUCGUGAGGUGCGUUCUUCGUCGACUCCGGUGGUCGAUGACCAACCACCGGAGCCUGCUGAGGGAAGCAGCGGUGGUGCCUCGCUGGUGGCCGCCGUUCAGAGGCCCUCUCUCCUGGCCCGUCCCGCCGAGAACCUGGUCUACGUGCUAGAAGUCUACGGACCACCUGAAGGCUCAUCGACCCAGAGGGGCGUCUCUGCAUCUCAGCAUCAGGUACUGGUUCGGAACGUGAGUGGUCCAGAGCCACGCUUUCGCGUCGGCCAGCUGUGGCCAGGCACAGAAUUUGAGGCUCGCGUUUUCGCUGCCAACUCCAAGGGACGUAGUAGGCCUUUCCGUCUGAACGCCUGCACUCUACCACCGGCGGAAGCUCUGCUUGACAAAGUUCCCACUUGGACACUCGGAUUUUCCAUCCUGCACUGGCUUCUUCUCGUCUUGUUUCUCAUUUUGAUUAUCGUAGCCAUAAUCCUGCUGGUGUGGUUCCGUCGACGAAUGCAGCGCAGCACUACCGAAGGAACCAACAAGCCAUCUACUGAAUCUGAAGAGCCUUGGUGUGGCCAAAUGGCUCAGACGGUGCCCGUGAGCCGCAGCCGCAGCAGCAUCAUCGCCACGAAAGAUGAAAUUAUAGUCCUGGACAAGAGAAAAGAUACAGUGGACGUAUGAUUACCAUGCCGUGCUCCGAGAAGUCAUGGUGGCAGGCAGGUGAAUCACUCCGAGGAUGCGGGGAACGCGCUUCUGGGUGGGUAACCACUCAAGGCGCAGGUGUUUGAGCACGCCGGCGUCGCCAAGAUUGUGUCCCUCAACCCCGAACAUUUCUAUUUUUGCUACAAAGCUACAGCGCAGCGGCGGAUUCCGCUCAAGAGGCACAAAGUGUCGACGUUGA